GUCAAUUAACAAUAUCACGUUCCUAGGACUGAGUAAUAAUUCGUGUUUGAUAUAAUUCUAUUUCAUGAUUGCAUAAGACACUAUUUUGCGUGAGCUGACACACACCAUUCGCUUGUCAAAAUGAAGCCUGCAAAGUUUCUUGAAAAGGACAAUAGCCUUUCGAACAAAUCGGUGUCUCGCAUUGUGGCCACCGCAGCACAAAGGCAUGAAAAAUACUGCUUCGAGAGUGAUGUUCAACCGUCGCAGGCUGAUGCUGGUUCCCAUACAGUAGUUGAGCGCAAGGCAGAACCGUCGACAUUCGAAAAUGAACCAGACAGGAAAUCAAAAGCCGAUGUAACCCAUGCAGAAAAGGUGGAAAAGGCAAAGACAUCUCAUGUGUUUGAAAAUGAACCACGUUCAAAAUCAGAGGCACAUGUUAGGUCAUCUGAUCCCAUACCCGUGAAAAGUGAUGUUGUAGUAUUCGAAAACACGCCCGCUGAGUCUUCGGGAGCCCACGCAAGGGCCUCUGAAGCUGUGGAGCAGCCAAUCGCGGAAUGUGUCUUUGAAAACGAACCGGUUAGUGUCAGUGCUGCAAAUGCCCGUGCAUGUGAAAGGGUGGCGCCAAAGGAUGAGAUUGAGUCGAUCUUUGAAAACAUACCCGCCACAGUGAGUGUAGCGGAUGCAAGGUCAAGUGAGGGCAACUUCCUUAAGGUCACCAGUGGUACCUUUGAAAACAAACCUCAGGAGCGUUCUAGUGCCAGUGUAAGGCACAGCGAUCGCUUAGAAACGAAGUCAAGUGGAACAUUCGAAAACCACCCGUCACACCAUAAAUCAAGGGCUGCCUUCUCCCAUGUCAUCCCCGUUUCAAGCGGCACCUUCGAGAAUAAGCCUCAGGAACGUUCCAGCGCAAAUGUAAGGUACGGCGACGCAGUUAAACCAAAAGGUGGAGAGACUUUUGAGAAUGUUCCACAGAAGAAAUCGACCGCUGAUUUCUCUUAUGGAGCGGCAGUCAACAGGGUAUCCACGGAGAAUUUCGAGAACGUCCCACGGGAACGCUCGAUUGCUAGUGUCAGGCACAAUGAUUCAAUGACCCCUAGUGUAAGCAGGGGUAACGCAUUGCACGGUACCUAUGAGAACGAACCCGAGUUGCGCUCAUCUGCUACGUUCAAGUAUGGUGAAAGUGUGGACAUGGACAGCUUUGUUUCAUCUGAAACCGUUUCAGGCACCUACGAAAACCAGCCAAGCCUCAGGUCAUCGGCUACGUACCGUUAUGACGAACAGGUUAUUAUUGACAACUCUGGAAUCUACGAGGCCCAGGGUGCAUUGGAAAGUAAUGCCGAUUUUACCACUGGCGGUUCCCUUAUGAGUGAGCUUUACGCCACCAUGGCUGAGUGCCGUAUUGAUGUGGGCAAUGAUAUACACACUUAAAAGUGUGGGCUGCAUACAAGUGGAAUCCUGUGUUCAGUAUCAACUGCCAUUCGUGGGCUAAAUGGCAUGAUACCGCUGGAAUGUGUCACUAAUCUAUCAUCUACAGUGAUUAUAUGCUGAAAGCUAUUGUUAUAACAUAAGAAUU